AUGACAUAUUGGCCUGAUGCUAAAGCUUGCUUCAAACGCCAUAUUGGUUUGAGUUCUAAGGCUCUCACCAGAGCAGGUUUGCACGAAAGCACACGUAAUAAAUAUUUGUCAUUAGUUGGUCAGGCAUCAGGAGAAGGACUGCAGAUUGAGGUGUUGAUUGAUGAGCACAAACAGCAAGUCAUCAGGCAAAAUAGGGAAAAACUUGUAUCAAUAAUUGAUACUAUUAAACUUUGUGGUAGACUUGGGUUAGCAUUAAGAGGGCACCGUGAUGAUUCUUCAUAUCAUCCGGAGGUUGGUUCUUACUCAAAAGGUGGUGUUGAUAGCAAUAGGAAUGUUAGAGAAGAUUUUGUGAGGUUUUUGCACUGCAAAUGGGGUUUAUCAGGGGAAAGUCUUGAGAAAUUAAUUCACAGUGCAUUAACAGAACUAAAAUUAAGCAUUGAGGAUUGCAGAGGUCAGGGAUAUGAUGGAGCUGGGGCUGUUGCAGGGCAUAUCAAUGGUCUUUCUGCACGCAUUCUUCGUUUGAAUUCUAAAGCAAUCUACACCCACUGUUACAGCCAUAGGUUAAAUCUUGCAAUAUGUAAUUCAUGUUCUGUCCCCUUUGUCAGAAAUGUUUUUAGUCAAAUUAAAGAACUUUCUUACUUUUUCAAUCUCUCUGAUGGACGGCAAAUGUUACUUUCAAAAGCAGUUGAAGACUAUUGCCCACAUUCAGGUAAAUCAAAGUUAAAGGAUGUUUGUCGAACUCGAUGGAUUGAGCGAAUAGAUGGUCUAGAUAUAUUUCAAGAAUUAUUCCUUCCAAUUUUUCAUACUUUAACUGAAAUGAGCCAUAAUGCUGGUCAUGUGUGUAAUCCAGAAACAUCUUCUAAAGCUUCUUCUUUCCUAGCAUUGAUUUCCACCUUCAGAUUUAUUGUUAGCCUUGUCAUUAGUAGAAAUAUUUUAGAUUUAACACUUCCUGUUACUCAGUUAUUACAAGCUAAAACCUGUGAUGUUAUGGAUGGAAUGCAUUUAAUUGAGUCAUUAAAAAACUUGGGAAUUUUAUUGAGGAAUGAUGUUGAUUUAUAUCAUGGUAAAUGGUAUAGUGAAGCAGUUUCUUUAGCUAAAAACGUAGAUGUCGAUGAAAAAAUGCCCAGAACAGCUGGCAGACAAGUUCACAAUGAGAAUCACCCAUCUUCUAGCGCUUCAGAUUAUUACAAAAAGGCUCUCACUAUUCCUUUUCUAGACCACUUAAACUCUGAUCUUCAGGCAAGAUUUGAUUUUAGUCAAAUCAACGUUUAUAACGGCUUUAGCGUUGUUCCAUCAAAAAUGAUUUCGCUAAUUAACAGUCUUCCACCAAACAAAAAGAAUUGGAAAGAGAAUUUUCGAUUAGAUGCUGAAUUGGAAUUAUGGGAAAAGUUUUGGACAACAUAUGAGGGAUCAUUACCGGACAGUGCAGCUUCCACACUUAAAGCUUUAGGGUUUGAAGGUUUUGAGAAUAUUAAGGCAUGUCUACGGUUACUAGCCACUCUUCCAGUUACUUCUUGUGAGUGCGAACGCUCUAUUUCAGCACUUCGCAUGCUUAAAACUUACAACAGAAGUACGAUGGUUGAAGAACGCUUAAAUGGACUUGCACUAAUGCGAAUACAUCAGGAAAUAGAGCCUACUGUUGAUGAGGUGAUCAAUAAAUUUGCGUAUGGAAACCGGCGAUUAGAACUGAAAUUGUAA